AGGGCGCGAGGGAGCGCGGCGCGGCGCGGCCGCCGCGUGCGCGAGCCGGGGUUGCAGCCCAGCCGGGACUUUCCAGCCGGCGGCGGCGGCGGCCGCCGGCCCUUCCCCGCCCCCCGACAUGGGGCUGCCCGGGGAGCAGGACGCUGCGGACCGCGGCGGAGGACGCGCCCGGCGCCCCUGAGCCGGCCGAGCGGGGCGGACCGCGGGAUUUUCUCUUUCCUAAAAUGGAGCCAAGUAAAAAGAUGGACUCCCCCGGCACCCUGCAGACUAACCCACCGCUAAAGCUGCACCCGGACCGCGGCGCUGGGACGUCCGUCUUCGUCCCUGAACAAGGAGGCUACCGGGAAAGGUUUGUGAAAGCCGUGGAGGACAAGUACAGGUGCGAGGAGUGCCGCCUGGUGCUGUGUAACCCGAAGCAGACGGAGUGCGGGCACCGGUUCUGCGACACCUGCAUGGCUGCCGUGCUGAGCUCCUCAAGCCCAAAAUGUACUGCGUGUCAAGAAGGCAUCAUUAAAGAUAAGGUGUUUAAGGAUAAUUGCUGCAAGAGAGAGAUCCUCUCUCUGAUUAACUGCAGGAAAUGAAGGGGAGGCUGCACAGAGCAGUUGGCACUGGGACACCUGCUGGUGCAUUUAAAGAACGAUUGCCAGUUUGAAGAGCUUUUGUGCGUCCGUGCUGACUGCAAAGAAAAAGUGUUGCGAAGAGACCUGCGUGACCAUGUGGAAAAGGCCUGCAAGUACCGGGAGGCCACGUGCAGCCACUGCAAAAGUCAGGUCCCGAUGAUCACGCUGCAGAAACACGAAGACACUGAGUGUCCCUGUGUGGUGGUGUCUUGCCCCCAUAAGUGCAGUGUCCAGACCCUUCUGAGGAGUGAGUUGAGUGCACACUUGUCAGAGUGUGUCAAUGCCCCCAGCACCUGUAGUUUUAAGCGCUAUGGCUGCGUUUUUCAGGGGACAAACCAGCAGAUUAAGGCCCAUGAGGCCAGCUCCGCGGUGCAGCAUGUCAACUUACUGAAAGAGUGGAGUAACUCUCUAGAGAAAAAGGUUUCCUUGCUACAGAAUGAAAGUGUAGAGAAAAACAAGAGCAUACAGAGUCUGCACAAUCAGAUAUGUAGCUUUGAAAUUGAAAUUGAGAGACAAAAGGAAAUGCUCCGAAAUAAUGAAUCCAAAAUACUUCAUUUACAGCGAGUGAUAGACAGCCAGGCGGAGAAACUGAAAGAGCUGGACAAAGAGAUCCGUCCCUUCCGGCAGAACUGGGAAGAAGCAGACAGCAUGAAGAGCAGCGUGGAAUCCCUGCAGAACCGAGUGACAGAGCUGGAGAGUGUGGACAAGAGUGCAGGACAGGCGGCGCGGAACACAGGCUUGCUGGAGUCCCAGCUGAGCCGGCACGACCAGAUGCUGAGUGUCCACGACAUCCGCCUGGCCGACAUGGACCUGCGCUUCCAGGUCCUGGAGACAGCCAGCUACAAUGGCGUGCUGAUUUGGAAGAUCCGCGAUUAUAAGCGGCGGAAGCAGGAAGCCGUCAUGGGGAAGACCCUGUCUCUUUACAGCCAGCCUUUCUACACGGGCUAUUUUGGCUAUAAGAUGUGUGCCAGGGUCUACCUGAACGGGGAUGGCAUGGGGAAGGGGACGCAUUUGUCGCUGUUUUUUGUCAUUAUGCGCGGAGAGUACGAUGCUCUGCUUCCUUGGCCAUUCAAGCAGAAAGUGACGCUCAUGCUGAUGGAUCAGGGGUCCUCUCGGCGUCACCUGGGAGAUGCGUUCAAGCCGGACCCCAACAGCAGCAGCUUCAAGAAGCCCACCGGGGAGAUGAAUAUUGCCUCUGGCUGCCCAGUGUUUGUGGCCCAAACUGUGCUAGAAAACGGGACAUAUAUUAAAGAUGAUACCAUUUUUAUUAAAGUCAUAGUGGAUACUUCGGAUCUGCCGGACCCCUGACAAGUCACUGGGGAGGUGGAUUGAGCAGAAGGCAACUCCUCUGGGGGGUUUGAACCGGCUGUCUCCACCGAGGUCCUCGUGCUCAGAAAAGGACCUUGUGGAAAGGAGGAAGCAGCAGAAGGUGGCCGCGGGCCGGCGGGAGGAGCCACGCGUGAGGACACACCGGACAUGUUUUCUAAUAGACUAGCAACACUCCACUCUGAAGAAUUAUUUAUCCUUCGACGUGAUAAAUACUCCUGUCAGAGAAGGUUUUCAUUUUCAUUUUUAAAGAUCUAGUUAAUUAAGGUGGAAAACAUAUAUGCUAAGCAAAAGAACCAUGAUUUUUCUUCCUUAAACUUGAACACCAAAAAAAAACACGCACACACAUGUACACACACGCACACACAUGUACACACACACACACACACACACACACACACACCUGGGAAUAGCUGGACAUGUCAGCAUGUUAAGUAAAAGAAGAAUUUAUGAAAUAAUAAUGCAAUUCUGAUAUAUUCUAAAAUUCAAGAGUGCAAUCUUGUUUCAAAUAUAGUAUAUUGUCUAUUUUUAAGGCCUCAUCUGGUCUCUGUUUUAAUAAUUUGUUUGUCAGAAGACCCUAAAGUACAACUAGGUCUUUUUUGAAAGUCUAAUUCAGAAUCAUUUUUUAAUUUAAAGUUCUAAGAUAAUUGUUAUUGCAAACAUUUUAUUUUAAAACGUUGAUAGACUGAUAUUUCUUGGAAGAAAAUGUAAAAUAUCAAACACUGGUUAUCACUUGUGAUAGGAAAGAAACUAUUCAAUCUGCUGUUAUUUCUCGUUAGAAAUGUAAACCUUCAAUAUCUGUCGUAGUUAAUGACACUACUUCAAAAUUACUAUGAAAGGGAAACUGCUCAUGGAUGCUGUGCAUCAUUUUCAGAUUUAUAAUUGUUUUCACCCUAAAAUAGGGCAUUUGUUGAACUUUGGAGUUCUAAACAAAAUCCUGUAGGCUUUUAAAAUUCUGCCCCCUCUGUUCAGACACUCUCUCUAUUGCUGACAGCUCUGACCUUCGGUGUCCAGCGCCCGGGGGGUGGGCAGGUGGCUCGUGCUGGAGGAGGCCACAGCAGGUGUGUUUCUUCAUUUUGUCACAUUGCUGCGUUUUGUUAACAGUCUCCAAAGGCAACAUUGUGUAGAGGUGGUGGCAUACUGUACAUGUGCCUUAGACGUGACCUGCUGCUUCUCGACCCUGGCUUUGUGUUCACUGUAACUCUAGAAGGUGAUAGCUUAACCUGACUUUUCUCUCGACCACUAGAUCUCUGCCUCUUCAAGGGCCCUCAGACAGCCCAGUUCCUGCUGAGGAAGCCAGGCUCGUCUUCAGCUUCUGGAGCCUCCACUGCUCAAUUAUCACAGAUUCCGAAUCUCUGGGCCCCCAAAGUGAGCUGCCCAGCCCCAGCGCGGGCUUGCUCCCACCCCGGGGGCAGGAGGGGGGUAGCCACGGCACCUCUCCGGGUCUCCCCCCCGCCCCCGGGUCAUGGGAGUCCACCCCCCACGGAGCAGAACCCUCUGAGCAUUCCAGAGACUGCCGCUCUUGGGGGGCCCGCCCAGGCUUGCUGACAGGGUCCCGGAACCACCGUUCUCUCGGGAAGGGUGGUCUCGGGACCGUCCCAGCCUGCGCCUGCCCAGACGGCGUUUUCUCAACUCACUGUUUACCUUCUCUCAAUGGUCCAACUGUGAUUAGAAGCCGGAGCCCUGCCUCCCUGUGCCCCUCUGCUAUGCACCAUGCUCCAUGGGUGCUCUUACCACUGAUGGGUGCUACACGUGACGGGUGCUUCUUAGGCAAAACCAGUGUGUGUGAACCACCGCAUCUGUGCCGCUCAUCCAAAAGACGCGCCCACAAUUGGCCAGCUGGGCCGCGCACCUCAGACUGCCUGCCUCUGGGCUUCCCCGUGGUCGUGCGGGGACGGUUGGGCUGGUGCCCGGUGGCCCGCCGUGUCUCUGGUGCUGCCAUCUGCCCUGGGCGUGCCUCCGCCCCAGUGCCUGCUGGAAGUGCCCUCCUAGCGCACACCGUCCCCUUCCAUAAGUGACCUCCUUGGUUCCCGGCACCUGCCACGCCCUUGCGCAGUUCAGUGCUCGUUUUCAUCUUUUUUAUUUUCUCCACCCUGCUCCCCCCCCCGCCAUUGCUUUGAGGGCGAGUCUGUGUCUUCGGUCCCGUCCAUGAGGAGUCGUGUGUCCCUGUUCGUAGACGAAGGACGUCCUGCAGGUGCUGCGGGACCCCUGUUACCUUGAAGGUGUCCCCGACAUCCUCCAGACCCUGCCCUGGUUCUAUCCUGGACACCCAGUUGGGAGAGGACGCCAGGUGGCCCCUGCCCGGCUUUGGGUGGCUUUCCUGCAACUUCCUCCCCCUUCACUAAAAGUAUGGACAAUAUUAACAAAUUUGAGAUAAGCAACAUCUCAGUCUGGUAAAACAACAACAACAACAACAACAACAAAAAAAAACAAUACUUUGCCUCUCCUGGUUGGAAUUCUUCUGGGGGUGGGCCACCUGGGAGCACUUCUGGAAGUCUCUGUCCUGUGGUGGGGGGACUUUCCCAGCAGCCCCUCCCAGACACGCUCCUUGUGGGAGAUGACAGGCCCCUUUGGCCUCCUCCAGGGAGCCCAUAGGACGUGGCAUCACCGGCUGGCACCGUCCCCUGGGAUGCAGAUGGGCCACAGCGGAAGCCUCAUCCUGUGGCUUGAAAAUAGUUCGUGUUAACGGGGUCGUAUGCCUUUUGGCCACUGUGCACCUCUUUCCUCUUGUGCACUUGGGACUUUGUGGACCGCGGCCUCCUGAAGGACCUGAGCGGGUGGUGCUGCCCUGAUGGACGCACCUGGUGUGGCUUCCGUCCUGACUCCUCGGUGCCCUGGUCUGGUGCUUGCCGCCCGGGGCUGGCCUUGGGCUGUGGCCCCGGAGCGGCCGGCCCUCCUGGCUUCACAGGGUCCCAGCCACAAACGAAACAUGUCACACGCAGUAUGUAUUGGCUGCACUUUUCUAUUUCCUAAAAGUGACAAAAUUCCCCAUGGGACAAAACUGUUCUGAUGCUUUAGAGAAACCAACACCGAGUCUUGUGCGUGAAUUGAGCCAGUCGGCUUCCCGGUCAGCCGCGUACUGGACGCGAAGACCGCUCCCCAUCUCAACUUGCCUCGUGGGGUUCUCCGGACACACGCUCUGGCCCACUCUGCGCCGACCACGGAGGCCACCGGGGUGGGGGGCGCCCGGGCCGGGCUUGAAUGUGAGAGUGGGCGCCUGCUUGGGGGUACACGGCGGGGUCGGCGGGAGGGCGGGCCCUUGCCCGGGACACCGGGAGGCUUUGCGUGGCCCAGUGGCACCUGGCAGCUGGAAUCCGCUCCCCUGGGCCUCUUCUAGAAGUUGGGUUUUCCAGUUUCCGGGGCCCGCGGGUAACACAGAGGAGACCAUAGGUAUUCUUGUGAGUUGUUCUGAGACCUGCUGCCGCUCUGGGAGUGACUGGCUGUGCAGGUGGACGGAGGAGGCACCGUGGGGGCCGCUGCCCCAGCCCCAGUGCGCAGCCUGUUCCCAGAGCAGCGUCUGCGAGGCUGCAGGUCGAGCAAGCAGCUCUGGGCCAAGAUGCGCCUUUCCUUUCCCGCCGCAAUGCAGUUUUUCCUUUGCCUUGUGACCCCACGGGGCUGUGGAGCACGGGAAAGCCCGUCCUCCACGGCGGCAGUCGCCACCGGGCCCUUCACAUGCCGGCCAGCUUCCAGGGGGCUCUCUGGCACCGCGGAUGCCCCUGCGGCUUCCCCUCGACCACUGGGGCCCACCUUGGUGAGGCAGGGUCUUCGUGUCCCUCACCACAUGUCCCAGGUGAGGCCUGCAGCUGUCAUCAGCGGGCAGUGUCGUGGUCACCCACGGCAGGCCUGGCGUCCUGCGGCUGGAGGGACAGCCGGUAGAGGAAGGGAUGUCUGGACAGACCCUUCCACACGGCAGGGUCCUGCGGUGGGCCCUUUCCCUGUCAAGGGAGGCGGGCAGAGUGGCAGGACCCCUCUGCAGCUCACACCCUGGGGGUGCACACCUCCUUCUUACUCUGCACGACGGAGGGCCGCCGCCACCGGCAUCGGCUCCCGGCGUCUGCGCGGGGCCGGGCGGGAGGUCACACUCCUCCUGGUACCUCUUGCCCCAACCUCAGGCCUCCGAAGCGCGUCCCUCUGCUCUGGGUAGUCAGCAGAGCUGUAAGAUACUGUUUUCUUACUUCUGGUCCGGAUCUUUCUCAGACUGCGGAGGAGAGCUGGGGAGAGCUCCAGGCGCUCGUCUGCAUUUGUGAGCGUCUGAGAGGUGAAUGAGGGGUCUGUCACCCAAUCAGCUUCUCAGCCCAAGACCAUGGUUCUGUCUUCAGUUUGCAAAUCUCAACAGUUUUAUUUUCUCCAAAGUAGAAUACGUCCACUGGGCUCUAAGUCAGAUGAGGUCCGUGUGUGGCUCCCGUGUCGUCAUUACUGUCUGCCCCGCGGCGGGGCAGGCUGUCUCCAGGGAGCUGGGGCCCACGGGGGAAGGGAGCGUCCCAGCGGUGUGUCCCGGGCGCAGGUGGUUAGUCCUGUCUGAGGAGGCCCCAGUGGCACCUAGCAAUGCUUGGCCUUUCAUUUCUCCUGCUGCUGCUGUAUCUGGAGUCUCUUGUGAAUUCUUGCAUUGAAAAAGAGGUUCAAGUCCAGGAUGGCUGUACCACUCCUGCCGUUAGUGGUGAUUGGUUUUUAUAACUCAGUCCCCUAGUAGACAAGUCAGAUAACCUUCAACAGCAAACUAAACGAGUUAAUUGGUAAACACAAAAGCCGGCAUUAUUUCCAAGGAUUUCUACAAGAAUUACCUAUAAAAUAACAUCUGUGGUCAAGGAAGUGUGUGAAUCCAUGUAGACAAUUGUCAGGUUUUUAGAAUUGCAUUCUUUCUCUGAUGGCACACCUCUUCGUUCAGUUCUAUUACCCAAAAACAAAGACCAAAGAAGGCCAAUCUCCCAUUUGACUCUGUAUUUUUAAUCUGCCUGUUUUAAAAAUUGCCGUCUGUAGUAACCGCUCGCUGUGAGGACCCAUCUUGACACUCCAAGUGAUUGUGACCAGUGAUUCACGUCCUGUGUGUUUCUGCUCUUCUAAGAAAAAACAACAAAAAGACAGUAUGUUAUUGCUCAGCAAUAAUCAUGUUGUUAAUGUGAGUUAACAACAUGUCUGAUUUUCUGAUAGCAUUAUUAUGUUUUAUAUUUUUGUUUACUGUAUAUCGUGUGUGGUUUUAUUUGGUAUUUAUUUGUGUUUUGAGGUCUUGCGAUGUUUUUGUGUUUCUGAUGCUAACAACUAAAGUUUGUAAGAGUGUAGAAUGCAAAACUUUGAAAUGCUAAACUGUCUGAUUAGAGGAAAAUAAAUCUGA